AAAGGCUUCCACCACCCACCAGACCGACGACCACUCUCACAAGCGGCAGUGCAGUGCACCCAAAUAAAUCAGCUGGGAGGAGGAGCACCAGCACCCCAAGAGCAGAGCUGAGCAGAGCAGCGUGCGUCCAGGAUGUACCCGUACCGCAUGAGCAACGUGGCGAUCGGCUACCUGAACCUGGCGACGCUGCUGGCCUCGAUCCCGGUCAUCGGCGCGGGCCUCUGGCUGGCCAAGGGCUCGGCAACGCCCACGUGCUCCUCCAUCCUUCAAGCACCGCUCCUCGCCGUCGGCUUCGCCGUGCUGCUCGUGUCCCUCGCGGGCUUCGUCGGCGCCUGCUUCCACGUGGCCUGGGCGCUGUGGCUGUAUCUCGCCGCCGUGAUGCUCCUCAUCGCCUUCCUCCUCGGCCUCACCGUGUUCGGGUUCGCCGUCACCGCAGGCGGCGGCGGCGAGCAGGUGUACGGUCGGCCGUACCGGGAGUACCGCGUCGCCGACUACUCCCCGUGGCUGCAGAGGCACGUGCGGGACGCCAGGUACUGGCGCCCCGCACUCGCCUGCGUCGUCGGGUCCAGGGCGUGCCCCAAGAUCCACAACUGGACUCCCAUGGACUACCUCCAGCACGACCUCACGCCGAUACAGUCCGGCUGCUGCAAGCCGCCGACGGCGUGCCAGUACAGCGGGGGCGUGGCCGUCGGGGCGCAGGACGAGGACUGCUACCGCUGGAACAACGCCCCGGGCGUCCUCUGCUACCAGUGCGACUCGUGCAAGGCCGGCGUCAUGGAGCAGGUGCGCCAGGACUGGCACAAGAUCGCCGUGCUCAACGUCGUCGUGCUCGUCGCCCUCGUCUGCAUCUGCUCCUGCGGCUGCUGCGCCUUCAGGAACGCCCGCCGCUCCCUCUCCGAGUACCCGUACGGGGUAAACCAAAUGUCCAAGAUUGACCCGCGCUGGGACUACUACUGGUGGCGAUGGUGGCGUGGUAGAAGAGAACAGCUCUACUAGGCUAGCUCUAGCUUCUCAAUGCUUGUAUGAUAUCUUAGCUCCUGUCUUCCAUCGAAAAGAUGAAAUAAUACUUGAGAGCUGUGUUAGCCCCCUAUGGUGCUCUACUUGUUUCUAGUUGUACAGCUUCCUCCAUGUCUGCAUAAUUAAGCUUCUGUACAUAUCUGAGUUAAGAGGAGACUCGUCAGCGGAUGCCU